GGCGCGGGCGGUAUGGCUGAGCCGGGGCGGGCCGGCAGCGGGGGCGCCCCGCCGGGGGACGGGCAGACCCCGCCGGGGGACGGGCAGACCCCGCCGCCGGAGCGCGCCGGGGCGGCGAAGCCAGAUCUGCUCCGGGAAGAUGAUGAUUCCUGUAGUGAUUAUGGCAGUCGUGACAAACCAGGGACUGCUUUAGGAAGGACUGUGCCAGAUGGGAAUGUGCUUUUUCCAGAUAUUUUUCAUACCGAACAUCUUUUGUUUUACGAGCGAUUUAAAGCUUACCAGGAUUACAUCUUGGCUGACUGCAAAGCUUCUGAAGUGAAAGAAUUCACAGCUGAGUACCUGGAGAAGGUCCUUGAACCAUCUGGAUGGCAGGCAAUCUGGCGCACCAAUGUGUUUGACGUCCUCGUUGAGGUGGUUGAUGUGGAGUACUCUGCUCUGAAAGCAGUUGUGCAACUGAGUGAGCCUUUCCUGUGUGACUCACGGGAUAGCACCUUUACCUUGGAGUGCAUGCAGGAGCUCUUGGAGCUGAAGGAGCGUCAGCUACCACUGCAGGAGCUGUGGGUUGUGUAUGACGAGUCAGGGGAGUUUGACCAGACAGCACUAGCCGUAGAGCAUGUCAGAUUCUUCUACCAGUGCAUCUGGAGGACCUGGGAUGAGGAGGAGGAGGAUGAUUUUGAUUACUUUGUGCGAUGUGUUGAGCCUCGACUGAGAUUGCAUUAUGACAUCAUUGAACACCGUGUGCCUUCUGGGCUUGCAGCUGAUUACCAGAACUUGUUGUCUCAAUGUGAAGAGCUUUACAGGAAGUUUAUAGAUGUGAGGAACAGCAUAUCAAGCAGUGAUUCGGACUCAGAAGAAGAAAAUGUCUCCAUGGUGGAAGGACUAAAAUUGUAUGAGAAAAUAGAGCACUUAAAACAAAAGCUAAAACUAAUUGAGAAUCCGCUGCUGAGGUAUGUGUUUGGUUACCAGAAACACAGCGGUUCCCAAGCUAAAGGGCUGAGACCAACAGGUACCAAGGUCAUUCAUGUUGUAUCCUCAGUCAUGGUGGCAAGUUUGCUGCAGUCAUUGCUAAGGGACAAACUUUGCCCUGAAUCUUGUGGUGAAGAACUAGAAAUACAGUUUCACAAUGAUCCGCUGACAGCUGUAAAUGCCUGUUACGAAGGAGACAGUGUCAUCAUCUGUCCUGGUCGUUAUGUUGUAGAUGGCAUGUUCUGCAUUGCUGAUUCAGUUGAACUAGAAGGCUAUGGCCUGCCAGAUGAUAUUGUGAUAGAAAAACGAGGGAAAGGAGACAACUUUGUUGACUGUACAGGAGCCAAUAUAAAGAUCUCCAGUUUGAAGUUAGUACAACAUGAUGCUGUGGAGGGGAUUUUAAAUGUCCAUCAUGGGAAAACCACCCUGGAGAAUUGUGUGUUACAAUGUGAAACUACAGGCGUAACAGUACGGACAUCAGCUGAGCUAGUAAUGAAAAAGUCAGAUCUGUAUGGUGCCAAGGGUGCUGGUGUGGAAAUAUAUCCAGGUAGUACGUGUACCGUGUUAGACAGUGGCAUACACCACUGCAAGGAGGGAAUACUUAUAAAGAACUUCUUAGAUGAACAUUACGACAUCCCUAAGAUAACCAUGGUCAAUAAUAUGAUUCAUAAUAAUGAAGGAUAUGGUGUAGUCCUGGUCAGACCAGCAAUGCCCUCUGAUGUAAAGGAUACUUCAGCAGAGAUAACAAAAGGGAAUACGGAGCCUACCCAGUCAGGUGAUGGGACAGCCCGUGUAGAGGGCUUGAGGCAAGGACUACCAGAAUGUAUAACUGAUGAGCUGGAGCUCUAUGAGCAAGCUGAGAUUUCUGAACAAACUGAAGGCAACUAUGAAAUUGCAAAUGAACUUGGGGCUACUUCUGCAAAGAAGAGCCAGAUGCUCAAGAAAAGACUGAGUGAACUGGGAAUCACAGAAGCCGAUGAAAACUUAAUGUCACAGGAAAUGUUUGUUUCUAUUGUGGGCAAUCAGUUCAAAUGGAAUGGGAAAGGAAGUUUUGGUACAUUUAUUUUCUGACUGUCCUGACUCCUAAUGGCAUUGCAAUAGAAGAUUUGCACAAGCUAUUAUUUUCACUGCUGCUUUUCAAGGAGUUAACCUGUUCCAUUAGCCUUCCAUAAUGUUACUGGGAUGUGACAAAUAUUUAUUAAUAGUAUAUAUAUUGCAUGUGGAAACUUUGCUUCCUUGCUGCAUACUAUGGAUAGCGUGGUAGAAAACAGAACUCUAGCUUGAAGACUGCAUGUAUUCUGCUAAUCUAUGUGUUGCUUCUUUGCUAGCUCUCUGAUGAGUCUUUUUUUAGGUUAUUUAUUUAACUUUUUAUUGUAAAAAAAAAAAAAUCUUCAAAGAAAGAAAAUAUAGAUAUGGCUCAUCAUGGAAAAGUGGGCAACAGAUGUGCAGCAAUUAGUAGUACAUAUCCCUCCGUAUUUUUUUAAAGUGUCGUUAGUCUGUGGCUGACUCCUAUACGCGAUUGGCAUGCUUAAUUUUUUACAUUAAACAGAAGCUAGUGAAAUGCUAUUCCUUGGGAAUGUAGUGUUUGGCUGCCAUAUUUCAUACUUGAAGUAUUUUCUAGAAAACAUUUGGAAGGGUAGUAUCAUUCAGUCUUCUGUGUCUUUCUGUGCCCAGCUGUUUACUUCCAACAGCUACCGGUGCCUGUGCACCUUUUUCUUAGGGAGGGCAGCAUCUAACUAAACUCCGUUAAUCUGAAUAAAGAGAAAUUAAAAUAGAUGUGUCUCUGUCUGUUAGCGGCAUUCAUACUGUACUUUUCGGUGCAUUAUUCUGAAAUUUUGAAAACUAUGCCAUUUGUAGCAGCUGAGGUUUUGGAAAUGAAUGGAAAAUUUAAAAAAUUACUUUCCAUUGAAAUCUUAUCAACCUACAGCUGUGAAACAUUCAGUACUUGAGGGAAAAAUUGGAAGGACUGCCUGAUUGAGGAGGACUCCUCAGUGCCUAUUAUUAUUAUUAUUAUUAUUUUAAUUACAAAUCUAGAUGCUGCCUUCAAACUUUUGUACUAAGAGUUGUAGGUCAGUUUUUGAACCAGUGGGUGAAAUGUAUGUAGGAAAAUAACACCCAAGUGAUCCAGGAUGUCCUAUGAAACACAAUCGGCUGUUAAGAGGGUGUUAAGAAGGGAAAAGCACGUUGCUGGCAAAUUGACUUUGGAAUAAUUUCUGAAAGUAGCUUAGCAGGUGUCUGCCUUCGCUAGAAACGAAUGCGUUGCCUGGAAGUGGAUGUGAAUAGUCUGAUCCAGAUUUUCCAUUCUAGCAUUCUUAAAUUGAAAUGACAAUCAAAAUUCACUUCAGUGCGUGAUUUGUUUUAGUGUGAGCAGCUGAUGGAAAGGAAAAGAGGAAGGUGUAAUUUACAUGCAUUUGUUUUCCAUUCUGUGAACCACAGGAUCUAUUGCAGCUUUUCUAGCCCACUGCUUCUGUUCUCAUUCUGCUCAGGACGCUCUACUUCAGGACUAAACCGCGUUUUGAUGAAUAUGAAUGCCAUUGCAGUAUCUCAACAUGCACAAACCCAUACAUGUUUGCCACUUAGUGAUUUUUAAAGAAAUAAUUGAGUCAAGUGAAAGCCUAAUGCUAAGACUGGCAGUAGUUUAGUAUCUUAAGCUAUUCAUCAGGUCACAUGCCAUGUUUCAUGCUUUGAUGUUAUGCCUUUAUUUCCUGAGUGUAAUCCUUAUUAAAGGACUGGGGCUAAAAACUAA